AGAUUCGCAAUCCACGAAGCCAGUCGCGAGGGUCAAACUUCAAAAGUUGAAUCCCUCCUCAACGCUAUCCCCAAACUCUCCAACCUCCGCGACGAAGACGAGCGCCUCCCUAUCCACUGGGCCGUAUCCUACAACCACCUCCCAAUUGUACAAAUCCUGGUGCAAGCCAAGAACUUCGACGUCGACGUGCAAGAUGGCUCAGGGUGGACACCACUGAUGAUGGCUUGUUCGCGGAAAGAGGCGGAGGAGAUUGUGGACUUGCUGCUGAGGAAGGAUGCCGAUGUGAAUAUGAAAAAUAAUAACGGCCAAACAGCGCUGCACUUCGCGGCAUCGAAAACUAAUCUCGACAUCGCACGCACGUUGAUAGCUCACAAAGCCUCCGCCCGAAUAAAAGAUAAACGGGGACAGCUCCCUCUUCACCGCGCCGCAGCUGUGGGCUCUGUACCUAUGCUGAGAGUUCUCCUCGAAGCCAAGUCCCCUCUGAAUGCGACGGACAUAGAUGGUAUGACUGCACUACAUCAUGCGAUAUCAGAAGGACAUGGCGAUGCAGCGUUGCUACUCCUGACAGCUGGCGCGGCGUUUGACAAACAAGAUUCUGAAGGGAGACUACCGCUGGAUCUAGUGCCUGAUGCAAAGGCGAAUGCUGACGAUAUGCAGACUAGGAAGUACAUCAUACAAGCAGCAGAGAGAGAGGGCAUAGAUUUGGAAUAG